AUUUAUCAAACCCUUCAUAAUAAGGUUUAUUUUAAGGCUGCUUCCCUUUUCUUUAUAUUUAGGCCCCAUUUUCUUCAGCUCUUGUCUACUCUUUCACUUUCCACUUUCUCUCUCCUCUUUUUCCUCCCAUUUUUAUAGUACACAAGCUAUCUACAAAUCAACUGUAGAAGAGCUUCUACCAUUAACAAUGAAGCUCUUUAAUCUCUGCUUCUUUUCUUUGCUACUUUCUAUUUCAAGUGCUGCAACAUUUUCUCCAAAGGUUGGUGUGAAUUAUGGUACAUUAGGCAAUAACUUACCAAAACCAACCAAAUCAGUUGAACUUAUCAAAAGCCUUAAAGCUGGGAGGGUCAAACUUUAUAGCCCAGACCCAGAAAUUCUUACUGCCCUUGGUGGUACAAACCUUCAAGUCUCAAUCAUGGUUCCGAAUGAGAUCAUUUCGAAUAUUUCGACCAACCAAAAAAUGGCUAAUGAUUGGAUUAAGACCAAUUUGGUUGCUUAUCCUCAUACCUUGAUUAGGUAUGUCCUUGUUGGGAAUGAAAUUCUUAGUUUCAUGACUGAGGCUGAUAAAAAGACUUGGCAUGAUCUAGUCCCGGCUAUGCGGAAAAUCCAAUAUGCCCUCAAGGUGAAUGGCAUCCGCAAAGUCAAAGUUGGGACAACAUUGGCAAUGGAUGUCCUUGAAUCGUCGUACCCACCCUCAAAUGGCACCUUUAGGUCUGAUAUUGCUGAUACUGUGAUGAAGCCAAUGUUGCAGUUUCUCAGCAAUACUAAGUCAUUUCUCUUUAUAGACUGCUACCCGUAUUUUGCUUGGUCGCAGAGCUAUAAGACUAUCAGCCUAGAUUAUGCAUUGUUUAAUGGUGGUGUAACCUACAAAGACCCUGGUAGUGGGUUGACAUAUACCAAUUUGCUCGAUCAAAUGCUUGAUUCUGUUCAUUUUGCGAUGAAGAAGCUUGGGUACCCGGAUAUUAGAAUCUGGAUUGCUGAAACAGGUUGGCCGAAUGGUGGUGAUAUUGACCAAAUUGGAGCUAAUGUCUACAAUGCCGCUACUUACAAUAGAAAUUUGGUUCAAAAGUUGAAUGCUAAACCCUCGGUUGGAACUCCUGCUAUGCCUGAUGCUGUUUUGCCUACCUUCGUAUUUGCUUUGUUUAAUGAGAACCAAAAGGGUGGUCCGGGUACUGAGCGACAUUGGGGACAAUUUUACCCAAAUGGUUCAACUGUUUAUCCAAUUGAUUUGACGGGGAAGACCCCUGUUUCAUCUUAUCCGCCUUUGCCAAAACCGGAUAACAAUGAGCCAUAUAAGGGGAAGAUAUGGUGUGUAGUGGCCAGCAACGCUAACAUUACUCAACUAGCAGAUGCAGUAACAUAUGCCUGUGGUCAAGGAAAAGGAACUUGUGCUGCUAUCCAGCCCAAGGGAAACUGUUACAAUCCAAAUUCAUUAGUUUCUCAUGCUAGCUAUGCAUUUAGCUCAUAUUUCUCACAAAUGAAGAGUCAAGGUGGUACUUGUUAUUUCAAUGGGCUUGCUGUGCAGACUGCCAAGGAUCCCAGUUCCGGUAAAUGCAAGUAUCCGAGUGUUACCCUUCCUUGAGGGUGUGGUGGUGAAUCAAGUUGGAAGCAGAACAAGAAUUCAGUGCCUCUAUUAACGGCGAAUAAUCUUAUAGUAGUAAUAGAUUAACUUAAUUCUUGGGGCAGUGUUUGGGUGCCGAUAUGCUUCUGAUGAUUGAACUUUAGGAAAUUAUACAAACCAGUUGAUUGAAGCUCCUCUUGGAUAAUUUUAGUGCACAUCAAAAUCACUUCCCAUGUUUUGGUACCAUUCUUUUCUAAGAUGCCUUUUUCGGCUUUUUGUAUCAAGUUUUGGUGCUUGUAUCUAUCACAGGCACAUCUUCUUGAGGAAUGGCUGUAAUUUUUCAAUUAUUAGCAAUUUGACUAAUUAUUUUGUUGAUCUUAGGCAUGGUUUAGUAUAAUAAUUUUGGCACUAGUACUUUUCUUUUUGUCA